UCCAGAUCUAAUCUCUUACCCUAGUUUUCAUCGCCGAUUCACAAUGCCUUCCAUCGCCGACGGCACCGUCGAACACCUCGAAUGCACCGCCGCCGGAGAUACUACGCCUCCGAGACGGAGGCUGAGAUCCAACUCCUCGCCGAUGAAGCUCAGCCCGAUGAAGUGCAAGCGCGCCGUGAUUGCUCCGUUGCGCGACUCUGAAGACGAAUCGGAGAGAAGCGUCGAGGAGGAGGUCGGAGGAAGCAGCGGUGAUUUGACUCCUCAGAAAAGAAAGUUGAGGUCGGAUUCGUCGUCGCCGAUGAAGCCGAGGCCGGUAUCGUCUCCGAUGAAGUGCAAAUCGGCCCGCCGGCGACUCAGUUCUUGCACCACCACUACUGUAAAUGGAAUUGAGAACUAUUUCAGUCAGAAAAAGCCUCAGGCCUUUUGCAAACCGCCGGUCGUUGCUAAGCCGAUCUGGAAUCCUAGAGAUAAGGAGCAAAUGAGGAUAGUGAAGGAGGCAUUGCACUUGUCUACGGUUCCCUCUACAGUUGCGUGCCGCGAUGUCGAGCAGAAGAGGGUUUUGGAGUUCUGCAAGUCAUGUAUAGAGCAAGGGAAGGCUGGGAGUUUAUAUGUGUGCGGGUGUCCGGGGACUGGAAAAUCCUUGUCCAUGGAGAAAGUGAAACAGCUUUUGGUGAAUUGGGCAGGAGAGGGUGGAUUUCAGGAACCGGAUGUGUUGGAACUUAACUGCACAUCGUUAACAAAAACUUCUGAUAUUUUCACCAAGAUACUUGCUAAACACCAACCUCAAAAGAAAGCUAAAGGCGCUACCUCCCUGCAACUCCUUCAGAAACUAUAUUCUCAGAAGCCUCAGUCAGAUAGUACUAAGAUGAUGUUGAUAAUAGCCGAUGAGUUGGAUUACUUGAUUACUAAAGACCGGGCAGUGCUCCAUGACCUUUUCAUGCUCACAACAUACCCAUUCUCGAGAUGUAUACUUUUAGGUACAAACUGUAGUGAUAACCAAAUCCAUUUCAAUUUGUCUGGCACAUUCUAUGUGAAGUGCUCAUGUUAUAUUUCAAUUGCAGGAGUAGCAAAUGCAAUUGACCUAGCUGAUCGUUUUGUCCCCAAACUACAGUCAUUAAAUUGUAAGCCUAUGGUUAUAACAUUUCGGGCAUACUCUAAGGAUCAGAUUCUCAAGAUUCUCCAAGAGAGACUUUUGGCACUACCGUACACUAUUUUUCAACCACAUGCAUUGGAACUUUGUGCCAGAAAAGUUGCUGCUGCAUCUGGAGAUAUGAGGAAAGCUCUUUGUAUAUCCAGGAGCGCAAUUGAGAUGCUUGAAGCAGAGUUGACAGAAUCUACUGACAACAUAAACUCAUCAACAGUAGAAAAUCCAUUAUCUGAGCAACAGACAGUUCCAGCUCUUGCUCUGGUGAAAAAACAGGAGACUGAUGUUGUGAGACUUGAUCACAUGGCUGUUGCCUUGUCAAAGACAUUCAGGUCACCAGUAGUAGACACCAUACAAUGUCUUCCUCAACAUCAACAGAUUAUAAUGUGCUCUGCUGCAAAACAUUUUCGUGGUGUGAAGAAAGACACAACUAUAGGAGAGUUAAAUAAAUCUUACUUGGACAUCUGUAAAUCGACAGCAAUUCCACCAGUCGGAAGUUUUGAAUUUUCAAGCAUGUGUAAGGUGCUUAAUGACCAGGGGCUUCUCAAACUCAGUGGUCAGUCUCGAGAUAUAAAAUCCAAGAGGGUGACAUUGAAUGUGGAUGAAGGGGACAUCACAUUUGCAUUGCAGGGAAUCCGAUUUUUUCGAAUGUGUCUUCAGUAAUUAUCUCCCGUUUAGAGCCAAGUACUCCCAAUUUUGAGAUUAAGCAUUUAGAAGAGAUGAGAGAAGAAUAACAAAGAAAAAAAAUGUAGUAUAGGUUAUACACAGGAGAUGUAUCUUUGUGAUUGUUUGUACUAGCUGUUGUUGUAGUACAUUCCUGAUUAUUUAUACAUUUGUACCAAAUGAAGCAGAAUAAUUGUGCCAAUAGAAUCAUAUC